CCCCUCUUCCAGCACAUGCCCCCACUUAAAUAUUCCCUCAGAGCAAUCACCCAUUUCCUCUCAUCAAUUCCACACCAAUUCACACUCCAAAAUCUCUCCAACGCAAUGAAGAACAAAACCACCACCGCCACCGCCAACACCGCCAUCUCCCUCCUGGCCAUCUCCUUGCUGCUCAUCUCCACCAUCUCCCUCGCCUCGGCCCGGCCCGACUCGUUCGGGCCCGACCGCAAGUCCUCCAAGGGAAAGGGGGCCGGGGAUGACAACGGCGGUCCCGGCGGGUUCUUCGGGGCGGGCGACGGCGGCGGCUUCGGGGACAUACCCGGGGUGGCAAACGGGUGGGGCAGCGGGGUCGGCGGCGGGUACGGGGCCGGAUACGGCGGCCCGGGCGGGGGGUACUCCAAGGGAGGCGUGAUUAGGCCCACCGUGGUGUGCAAGGACAAGGGCCCCUGCUACAAGAAGAAGCUGACGUGCCCGGCCAAGUGCUUCACCUCCUACAGCCGCUCCGGGAAGGGUUAUGGCUCCGGCGGCGGCGGUGGCAGCUGCACCAUGGAUUGCAAGAAGAAGUGUAUUGCUUACUGUUAAAAGUGAGUGAGGUAACUUAUGUAUUAAGAGGGAGGUUUCCUAGUAAUACUCUCUAUAUAUGCUUUGGCAUAUGCUAUGUAUGUGAUCGUUUUGAUGCUCUGUUUUGUAAUGUAAGCUGCUUGGCUGAGAUCAGUUGACUCUAUAGUUCUACUACUCUGGUCUUUGAAGGUUUAGCAAAAUAUGGUCAUUAUGAAUAAAUGGUGUGCUGGCAUAUUAACAUAAGGGUUUUCUUCA